AAACCAAAGCCUAUUCAUAGUAUGACAGAUGUACACUUUUUUGAAUUGCAGUCUGAAAUGGAACAACCUAUUCAAGAAUAUGAAGAGGAAAGACAACGUUAUAUACAAAGCAUAUUUGAAAAUAAAAAAUCAGAGUUUGAAAAUCAUAUCUUAGAUGUAGAAAAGCAAAUCAGACAAGAAUAUAAUUUAGCAAAGAGAAAGAAUGAGCUUGAUGCUCGCAGAAGAACUGGUGAAUUACAGAAAUUGGAAGAAUCCAUGAUGAGAGAAGCUCAUGAGGUUGGAAGAUUACAAAAAGAACAACAUCAAAGCCAUGUUAAGAAAUUAAGUGCCAAAAUACUUGAAGCUGAGUUGAAACAGAAGCAAGCUGAAGAAGAUUUAAAACGGAGAUUGAAAGAGCAAGAAGAAUUUAAAGCUCAGUUAAACACCUGUCUUUCAGAAGCUAAAUCUUUUGUUAACAAAUCUGUAGAAAAAUUGACUUUGUGUGAAUACCAGGAACAUUUAACUGUUCCUCUGAAUGAGCGUAUAAAACAACCAACUGCUUUGUUGCAAUACAUAAAUGAUAUAGAUAGGCAAUCCAAAGAUAAAGAGCUAACUAUUGAUGAUAUUUUAAAUGCAAAUUUUCAAGUGCAAAGAGCUUAUGUGUUGCUUCAAGAAAUAUCUUCAGACAUAGAUUCUGCUAAAGUAAAGGCUUCCCAUCACAAAGAAGUUUUAACAAAUAGUAUAUCCUCUCUAGAAAACAAUAAUUUAAAGAAUGAGGUGGAACAAAGUUUAGAUUCAAACACCAAUACGAAUCAGGAUAUUGAAAUUGAAAUUAGCAGUGAAGCUUCAUCUGUUAGGAAUAAAGAUCCUAAUAAAGAGGAAAAGAAAAUUAUAUCUCGUUUUAUUGCACCUGAUGCAGUUCAUUUUUAUCAAAAAGUCAUGAAUGAUUACAAGCGAGUCGAUGCAAUUGUGGAGUCAGUUAGAAAAGAUCCAAAAAACAAGAAAUACAGAUUUGAGCUUCAGAAAGCCGUUAAUACUCCAAUAAAUUCAUUAUCAUCCAAUUCUGGAUCACAGAUAAAAACUAAAGUUAAUAAACUGCUAUCUAUUUUAACCGGAAAAGCAUCAGAGACUAGUGGUCGAAACAUGAAUGGUGAUUCGCCAAUCUUCAACUUUUGUGCAUACUUAGCUGCAAAACAAUUUGUGGAACAAGGAGACACUCAGAUCUCUUCCCAGCACUCUACUGCAUUUCCUAUUGCUUUUGCUGCUCUUGGGGUUUGGGUUAAACAGCCUGAGUUUGGUCAACUGCUUCUUGGACAUUUUUAUGAUAAAUGUCCGUACUUAGCUCCUUAUUAUCCUCCUAAGGAAGAAAGUCAAUCUGAUGAAGAAUAUUUUCAAUCUUUGGGAUACAGACUAGACGAGGAGGAUAAAAUUGAACCCAAAUACAAAUUUCUCCAUCGAAUCAGUGGUUAUGUGAGAUUGUACGCUGCAAUUAUACAAUCACCCCUUCCCCCAGGUGUUAGCUCCCCUCAUCCUCAUGGCAUUGAAUGGGGUUGGAAAUGGUUGUCUCGGAUGUUGAACUUGGAACCCAGGCCAGACAUAACACCCACAGUUCUAUUUGACUUUCUUGAUGUUGCGGGUUAUGCUUUGCAAAAAGCAUACGGAAAGCAGUUUAACAAAAUGUUACAUAUUUUAUGUAAGGACUAUUUUCAAAAGAUAAAGCAAGUGACACCUGGUGGUUCUGGUGGUCCGCUGGAACGACUUGAAAUAUUUUUACAACAGUGUGCAAAGAAGGGACGCAUUUCUCCUCCGGAAGGUAUACUGUCAGCAAAUUUCUGGAGCAGAUAAUAUAUGGAAAAUAGUGUAAAUAAUAAUUUUUAGCUGAAUCAUUAUUCCCUUAGAAAUUCCUAACUAUCAUGAUUGUACAAUACUGUGAAACAUAAACAUGUGUGAGUUAUUGCAUUAUUUUUGGGAAAUAAUGAAAUAAGUUAAGGGUACCAUAGAGUCAAAUUCUGAUUUUCCGUCUCUCGUAUUACCGUGUAGAGCAUUAUACAAAUACCUAUUUCCUACUUAUUAACUCACUAGUUUUUUUAGAUUUUUUUGUUUCAUUUUAUUUAAUAUGUAUUUUAUUGAAAUUGAUUUACAAAUUUUGAUUUCUGAAACUACCAUAGUAGUUUAGUAGAAAGUUAAACAAUGGCUUAUACCUUAAGUCUUUAAAUUUGGUAAUGCAUGUUAAUAAAAAAAAUAAAAAUAUAAAAAAUCUAAAAUUAUAUUUAAAGACAUAAUAGUAUUCAUAUAAUUCCCUAUUCGUUAACAUGGGAGGUGAGGGAAUUUAAAGCAGAAUUCAAGAUAUUCUUAAUCAAUGCAGUUUUAGAAAGUGUACUAAGUUGAAAUUAUUUAUCAUCAUUUUACAACAAUUUUGUCUAUUGAGUUUUUAAGAAAGUUAUAAAAAUGAAGACAAUUUACUUAUAAAGAAUGAAUAUUUUAUUGAAUCAUAUGAUAUCCAUUCUGGUGCUAUUCCUUUCACCAUCCUUAUAGCAGUAGCACAAUUCCAUGUGCAUUUUGCUGUCAAAAAACUGAUCCGUGUGAUUUUUGACCUUCUUAUUUGAGGAAAAGGUUUUACUAUCUAAACAAUUUUGUUGAGAUCAGAAUGUUGUUACAGACAACCCCUUUCUUGUCUGCAGUGAUGAGGUGCUUCAAAUAUAGAUAACUUUCUUUGUAUUUGAGAAACAAACCUUAAAAAUCUUAGGUUUUUCAAAUGAUCAUGAACAGUCAAAUUUGAUAAAUUUAAUGUGUCAAUGAUCUCACAAAUUGUGAUUUGCUGGUUGCAUAUUCCAAACAAUGCUUUUAUUGAGUCCCCAUCUGCUUAAACUGGCAUGGUGCAUCAUAAACAAAAUUUUACCAAUUUACCAGUUUUAGCACUAACAUACUGCCAAUACAUAAUGUAUUUUUCAAAAGCAAAUCUUGCUAUAUCAGCUGACAAAAUGUGUGAUGACUGUGAAAGAUAUAAUUAAAUCCUUUGUUGGCUAAAAAACGAAAUUUCUUUCCAAACAACUCAAUAUAUUUCUCACUUUUUUGAAGUGUCCUUUUUUGAUUGGUGUCAUGCGACUAAAUAAAAAAGUACAAAAAUUGUUGGCACUACAUACUGCCAAUACAUAAUGUAUUUUUCAAAAGCAAACCUUGCUAUAUCAGCUGACAAAAUAUGUGAUGGGUGUGAAAAAUAUAAUUAAGUCCUUCGUUGGCAAAAGAAUAAAGAUACUUUCCAAACAACUCAAUGUAUUUCUCACUUUUUUAAAGUGUCCAUUGAUUGGUGUCCUGCGACUAAACAAACAAGUACAAAAAUUGUAACCAAUCAUUUGUCUAGUAUUGUUUAUGGUAAAAUUGCCUUAUAAGUAUUUGAAUAAAAAAUAAGAUCAUAA